AUGAACUUUGAUCACUAUGUUCUUCUGCCUACAUACGCCCGCCUCGGGUUUUGCAAUUUCUCAUCCCCUCGCGGUCCCUCAACUGCCACUUCGGAUGAUGUCGCUCAGUUAUCUUCUGUCAAUCCUACCGGUGGUGAUGAUGGUGAUACGUCCACCUCUUCCUCCUCCGAGCCAGAAACGGGAAUUGUGGAACCCCAAAAUUUGGCAGCUCCGACAGAGAUUGGGAUGGAAGGGAUGACCCCACCCACUCCUCAACAGCGCUCUUACCAUCAAAGUCAUUCUCGUCAACCACAUUCAACUUCUGCUGCUGUCUCCACACCGCGGUUCGUUCCACAGCUUCGAUUGCCCACUUUGAAGCACUUCUCCUUGGCUUGCGCAGCCUAUCUCGACAAGGAGGCAGCAGUGGGAUCAACGUCAACCGAAGUUGUGCAUUCCUCAGUUGAGUCUCGACGGAUCGGCAUCUCAGUAUUUGUCAUCCUCACGGAUCACUAUCGAAGAUUUCCACGAGCGCGGUUGUCAUCUUUGCCACUCGGCCUGUCUACUGAGGUGAGUCUCGUUUUCUAA